AUGCCCGAUGAACAGAGUCCCAGGUGGCCAAAGCUGCGGCAGCCUCCGGUGCCGCAGAAGGUGAAGCUGCGCAGUGGGACGCCGCCCAGGAAGAAUCCGCCCAUGGAGUAUGCCAUCCGCUCGGACGGAUUUUGGACCAGCGCCACUCUUACCCCGCGGCCUGAAAAGCGGCUGGAGAGCGAGGAGAAGCUUUGCAAGACCUUCCGAGACAGGGCUCCGCUGUCCACUCCAAAGGAGUCGGGCGCCAGUGAGCGGACAAAGAAGCGUGCCCUGAGCCGGGAGUACGCGGCGUAUGUGAGCGAGGCAGCGCAGGCGCUUCUGCCGGACGUGGCCUCCGAGAGCUGCGCCUGGAAGGCGUCCACGGGCUGCUACAAGAGCGCCCUGUUCCAGGCCUCGGUGCGAUGUCGGGAGCUGCAGCGAGACGUGGGCGAGGAGAUGGAGGAUGGCACCUUCGUGUUUCACGGCGGAUCUGAGGGCCCCGAGCUCUUCCGCUUGCAGCAAGCUUGCCUUUUGCUGGAGGAGAUUUGCAAAGUCUCCAGCCCCUUGCGCGACACCCUGCGCUUUCUGCAGCGUGAGAUCCUGAGCUGCGUGUUCGAGAACUACAAGCCAGGAGCAGACGUGCUGCAGCUCACGCCAUUUUUCGUCCUGCGGACUCACGAGCUCAGCCAGGUGGAGGUGUGCAAGCAGAGGCGGCUCGAGGCGGAGCAGGAGAUCGAAGCCUUGCAGGCCCGCCUCGACGAGGCCAAGAAGCAGGCGCAGAGCCUGAAGCAGCAGCUGCAGAAGGUGCGGCAGAACGCCCAGAAGGAGAACGAGAGCUACGAAAUGGUGGUGAGCCAGCGCAACGAGUUGCGCCAGAAAGUGGAGGGUCUGCGUGAGAGCAACGCCAUCCGCUUCGAGGAGCUACGGGAGACCAACGCCGAGCUGUCCAGCGUGCAGGCGGCCUCCUACCUGACACGCAAGGAUUUGGACCAGGCGCGGAAGGACAUGACCGCCAUGAACGUGCAGCUGAAGGAGUCCAACAGCCGGGUGGCCAUCUUGUCCAAGCGCGUCCAUGAUCUGCAGGAUGCCAUGGGACUCAUGGGCGAGGCCGCCAGCCCUAGAAUGGCCACAUCCCCCGAGCCAACGUGA